AUGCCGACUCCUGCGUUUCGGCCGCGUAGCAGCUCUGGCACAAAUCUGGUCUCUCGGAAGCCCGAAUACGAUAAGCGCAAGUCGCGCGAUGAUCUCUACCUGAUGACCAUGACUUCCCAGAAACAGAAAACCCCCCAGCUGGCCCUGGAGUUUCAUCCAACUCAACCUCAAAUCAUCCAGUUCACCCAGGAGGUCAAGAUCCUGUCGCCAUCGGUAUGGCCCUGGGAAGUCCAGCUCACCCUCACUCUGGGCACUCGCUAUCGCCCAUGA